AUGCGCACGGCGCUCCGAGUGUAUGAUGCGCUUCGAAGCGAUGCUGCAGUAUUCCCUGUGAUAACUGGCAAAGAUGUUCAAAAUAUACGAGCUAUAGCUGUUGAUCAUCAAAAUACAGCUGUGUUCUGGUCUGAUGACGUCAAAGAUGCAGUCACAAAAGUUUACCUGAACGGAACGAGCGGCGAAAAGACGGUUGUCUGGAAAGGUUGCCUGUUCAUCUAUUUCUUUUCAUUCACUCAAUUUUACGCAUUUUUUGAGGAAGAAUCGUGCGUUUUUGAGUCGCACUGUACAGCAGUAAGGUCGCCAGCUAUACGAACAAUGCACUCGUGA